CGAACUUGGAAAAUCAACAGAAAUAUUCGCGGAGUUGUGUGGGCCAGAUAAUACCCCGUCAAGACAAGAUAUCGGCAGUAACCUUUGAUGAGUGUGCUUGUGUGCGUGUAGUUUCUUGUGGCCUUGAUGGUUUGGUUCGACGUUGGAAGUAUUUCAGUCAAGAAUGGAUGCUGGAGACCGAGUUUAAUAUACAAAAAGUGCGGGGAAAUAUCAAUCCAACAGCUGUCAGCCGUUUCUCCUACUCUGCAAAUGAGUCAUUCAACUUCGUGGGCACAGAUAAAGGGUUGCUUUUAGUAUGGGUUGUUAACGACUGUGAGACAAACAAAUCUUACUAUGUAUCUAGAAAAUUUGAAAACGAUUGUGUUGUGAUGUGCGCAUCGGAGAAAUCUGCAAUAGUUCCUUCCAUUUCGCGAGUUGCUGUCGGUCACAAAAAAAGAAUUGUGUGUGUUUAUUCAUUUAAACCGUCGGAUAUUUCUUCAACUGCAGGCAUCGUACAGUUGACCCGCUUUUAUGCUCAUGAGGCGGAUAUCUGUCAUAUUGUAUGGCGCUCAAGUGCUUCUGCGUCAUCGUCAGAUCCUGAGAUUCUUACAUGUGGACGUGGUCAGAUGGUUAAGGUAUGGAAUGUCAUCACUUCAGAAUGCACUUCAUCUUACCAAGUUCCCAGUGAAUUACGUCAACAAUGUGGAAAUGCUGGACGACAUAACGAGAGAAGUGAACAAAAUGGAGCUCCAUGGAUAUCUGCUUGCUACACACCAGGAAGUGAUUCUUCAGUGAAUGUUUUAUUCUCAAGUGUACGAGAUGGAUUAUUUCACUGA